AUGUCAGAGCCAGCGACUAAGAAGAGAAAAAUUUUCAACUUCGAAAGCUUUUCCGCACCUCUCAAGAUCAUCGUAGGGAAGACUAAACAGGAAUUUUAUGUCAAAAAGGACCUGGUUUGCGAGGGAUCUAAGUUUUUCCGUGCUGCCUGCAAAGAGCAUUGGGAAUCUGGAACGAAUAAUCUUGUUACACUCGACGAGGAUGAUCCUGGAAUUUUCGCCAUAUUUGUCGUUUGGCUUCUGACUGGGGAAAUCAAUUCCUGUGAAUAUCUAAUCCAGAAGCCCACGUCUGAUCCCCGUCCAUUGGUCCCUGCCAUCACAAGUUUCGCCCAAAGGAAGAUCGCCCAAGAAAAGAAGAUCAUGCACAUCGACAAUCAACUGCACCAGCUUUUCGAAUGUUACUACCUUGAUGACUCUAUUCAAGCGCAAAGUUUUCAAAACUACAUCAUGGACAGAAUUCUUCAGAAGGGAAAAGCACGGCUGGACGUCAGGAAAGCUUAUCGAAACAAGCAAAAGCCUCUCCCUCUCCCCAGUGGACCUGAUGAACUCAGCGAAAUCUACCAAAAGACCACAGCGGGAUCUUGCCUUAGGAAGUUCCUGGUGGAGUAUCGAUUGUGCGAUGGAAGUGAGAUAAAUGCCGAGGAUAUUGAGCAAUUCAUCCGCUUGAAUUGUCACGAAUAUGUCAGUGAAAUACUCGCGGCAUCAACGAAGUACUACAACAUGAGAAAGAAGGCGCUAUCGUUCUAUGAGCAAGACUGCUGCCACUUCCAUGUACAUGAAAGCAUCGAAGUCAUGAAGUCGCAACCUACGAUUGUUCUUCCAGAUGACCUUUAA